AUGGGGUUUCAGUUAGUUUCUUCUUGUCUUCACAAUCACACUCCAACCAUCAGAUUAUCCAAAUCAAAUACCUUCUCUCAUCACACUGUUUCUCCUUUGUAUUCGAUACGGAAUAAGAUAUUUGGAAGCGAGGUUGGAUUGAGAAAACAAACACUUCGAUUUUCGAAUGAAUUCAAAUCAAAAUUGGUGGCUGAUAUGAGGAGGAAAUGCAAGUUCUCUUUACUACCGAGCUUGAAGAGAGGAGUAAUUGUAUGCGCUUCUGAUUCUAAUCCUGCGGAAUCUGAUUCUUAUAGACAGGAAAACACUAGUUUGGUUGAAGAAAGUAAAUUAGUGUUAGCUCCUUCCGCGGAAGGCACUGGCUCGUUUCUUUGGGCGUGGGCCCCUAUUGCCCUGAUUUCAUCACUGGUCCUUCCGCAGCUCUUCGUUGGUGCUGCAAUUGAUGGCUUCUUCGGUGAUGAGAUCUUCUCAGAAAUUGUUGCCUCAUUUGCUUCUGAUAUCUUCUUCUAUAUCGGACUUGCAACAUUUCUGUUUGUUUCCGACCGCGUUCAAAAGCCGUAUCUUCAGUUUAGCCCAAAAAGAUGGGGCCUCAUCACAGGUCUCAAAGGAUACUUGACAUCUGCAUUCUUCACAAUGGGCUUUAAGUUGGCUACCUGGCUCAAUAUGUAUUUGAGAAACUUCUUGAUAAGCAAGGGUCAUCUUGUUGGCCUCUCGUGCCCAUUAUUUUUGAGGUCUACAGACUAUAUCAGUUUGAGCAAAGCUACUCAUUUCAUUGAGAAGUUAAUGUUUGCAAUGAGGGGCGCUACUCUGUCCCCAGAAGUGCUAGAAAGAAAUGGUGCCUUGGUUGCAAUGAUAGUGACUUUUUCAAGUCCUUGGUGUGAUUUGCCUGUGGUCAUUGCUGACAUUUCUUCAGAGGCUCUUUCCUUCCAGACCUGUAGCAGAGAAGUACUGAUGCUU